AUGAGCUCCCAGCAAUUCCCGCGACACGGGCUGCCAGCCCCCAGCGGGGGGGCUCCUCAGGUCCCCGCAGCUGGAAACCUGGUGUCCGUCAACCAGGCGUCACAUUCACAAGGUGGUGGAGGCGCCGACUGCGUUCGGGAUGCAGACCGCGGGCAGCAGGACCACCCACCCGCCGGGGGGGCCGUGGCCUUCAGAGAUGAGAAGCAGGAGACAAUGGUGGUCCGACCUUACCCACAAGUACAGACGCACAGCCAGACACAGGCGGUCCCCCAGACAGUGUCCAUUCAGCCCGGCACACCUGUGACUUUACCCGCCGCCUCUGUCCACCUCCAGCAAGGACAGCCUGCUGUCCUCACUGAGGGACAGAUGAAGGCAGUCCUGAAGUCCCCCAUGCCAAGUCGUCUUAUCGCUCCAGCACCAGCUUCCAACCAGGGUCACAUCCCCCCCAAGGUGCCCGGUCACAUUACGGUCACCUUAGAGAGCAGUAUUCCUCCAACCCCCUCUAUUCCCGUGGCAACCAUCAGCAGUCAGCAGGGUCACUCAAGCAACUUGCAUCACCUGAUGCCAGCGAACAUUCAGAUCAUCAGGGGAAGUGCCCCGGCACUGCAGAUCGGGACCCCUGCGGUGCCCGCCCAGACCUUCGCCUCCCACUUACCCCGAGGUGCUGCUGCAGCAGCCGUGAUGUCCAGCUCCAAAACUGUCCUGCGGCCAGCCACCGGAGCAAAUGCGUGCCCUGGCCAGCCCACAGUGCAGCACAUCAUCCACCAGACAAUUCAGUCCCGCCCCGCCGUGACAACGUCCACAGCAGUGCUUCCAACGGUGGUGGCGCCCAUUUCCAGAACUCAGUCCCCGGUCGUCAACCCUACAGUCACACACUCUGAGGUGACACAUGGGCGUCCAGGGCUGACCAUUCACCCCCCUUCAGCCACCGUCAGUAUUCAGAGGUCUCAAACAUCCCGGGACACCGGCACACGGAUCACGCUGCCAUCCCACCCGGCGAUCGGGGCCCAAAAACCUCAGCCUCCGCACACCAUGACACAGAAGCCCAUCUUUAGUCCUGUAACGGCAGUAGCUGCUGCAACUGUGGCGCCAAUCGUUGCCACCAACACUUUGCCAUCAACCACCACAAUGGGCUCUGUGCCUCACAGCCAAAUGACCAGUAACUCUAUCGUCACCAUGACGAUGGCCUCCCACUCGUCUCAUCCUGCGGCUGUGACCACCUCUGCCAUCCCCGUUGCUAAAGUCGUCCCUCAGCCGAUCGCCCACUCCUCGUCCCGUGUGCAGCCCGACUACCCCGGAGAGAGAACCAACCUCAUCCCCAUCCCAGGCCAUCGCUCAUCUCCUAACCCCGUCACCAUGGAAGCAAGGAGUGAUAACAGGCCCCCGGUCCCUGUGCAGUUCCAGUAUUUCCUGCCGACGUACUCCUCCUCGUACCCUCUGACGCACACAUACACCCCCAUCAGCAGCUCUGUGUCCACCAUCCGCCAGUAUCCUGUGACUCCUCCAGCUCCGACUCCAGCAUUGUCCUCCCAAGCCGGAGUCGGCGUUGCCACCACUCUCCAGCUGAACCACAUGCAGCUGAUGGCGGUGGAUCGGAUCGGCCUCCCGUCCGGGCAAAUCAGCACGCAGGGGAUCCAGCCAGCAGCCAUCGGCGGUCAGGGCCUCCAACCCGCGCAGAUGGGAGUGCAGGGCAUGCACACGUCUGCGCCGCUCGGCACGCAGGGAUUACAGCAGGCGCCGCUAGUCACUCAGCAGCAGCAAGCGCAGUCCGACGCGAAACCCGGGGUCGUUCUGGCCGACGGCUUUGUUGCGAGCCCCAUCAGCAGCACGUUCAGCAACACCCAGCCAGCGGCCACCAUGGUGCAGGCACACGCCCAGGGCGGAGUAGGAGGAGCCCCCACCCUGGUCUCCUCCCCCAGGCCCAGCAUCCUCCGCAAAAAACCCGCUAAUGAAGGAUGUGUUCGCAAAAACCUGAUUCCCGCUCAGCCCAGUGAACCCAGUAUGGGCCGAAUGGAGAGCGGCGUGAGGGGGGCCGGGUCUCCCCGACCCGCAGGUGGGAAACCCAAAGCUGAGCUGCACAUGACCGUGGCCCCUCCGGUCAUGGCUAGCGUAGAGGCCCUGCCUCCCCAGGGAGGAGAGCAGCAGGCCGUGCCCUCAAACGCCCAGCACCUCGCCCAAGCCAUCCCCGCCAUGCUCGCCACGCCGGCGCCUCCCUCCCUGGCUUCCACUGUCCUCUCGGCGCUGCCCGCGGCCUUGAGCGUAACACCCCCGGCUCCCGCCUCAACGGCCAACGCCGUGGCCUCCCCCACUCAGCCGGCCGCCAGCAGCACCGCAGCUUGUGCCGCCAGCUCCGCCUGCCCCAAUUUGAAAAUCAAGCAGGAGAUGGAGACCAUGGACGCCUCGCAGCCGGAUCUCAGUGCAAACUCGUCGUCAGCACCAGCCCUCACCACACAGGUCUCCACCCUGAGCGCUCCCGCCGCAGGAGACCUGAUACCUGGGUCCUCCCCGAGGAAGAAGCCCCGGAAGCAGCAGCACGUCAUUUCCACAGAGGAGAGCGAGAUGAUGGAGACCAACAGCACGGAUGAGGAGAAGGCCCCCGGCAGGCCCGCCACCGGCAGGGCGGAGAGGCGCGAGUCUCCACCGAGGGAAUAUGUUGACGAGGAAGGUGUGCGUUAUGUACCAGUCAGGCCUCGGCCGGCUGUUACUCUUCUGCGGCACUACAGGAACCCCUGGAAAGCCGCCUACCACCACUUCCAGAGGUACAGCGACAUCCGGGUCAAAGAGGAGAAGAAGGGCAACUUGCAGGACAUGGCCAACCAGAGAGGAGUGGCGUGCCGAGCACAAGGCUGGAAGAUCCACCUGUGCGCCGCACAGCUCAGGCAGCUGUCGAGUUUGGAGCACGAUGUGUACAGCCGCCUCUCCACCCUUCAGGAGGGCCUGAUUCCCAAGAAGAGAGCCGGCUCCGACGACGACCUCCACCGAAUCAACGAGCUCAUACAGGGUAACAUGCAGCGCUGCAAGCUGGUGAUGGACCAGGUCACCGAGGCCAGGGACACCAUGAUGAAGGUGCUCGACCACAAGGACAAAGUGCUGAAGCUGCUCAACAAGAACGGCGCCGUGAAGAAGUCCUCCAAACUGAAGCGCAAGGAGCGCGCCUGAGCUUGAAUCCGCCUCCUCUAUUGCCCCCCUCGCCCCACCCCUCUCUGAAGGGGGCGAAGGAGCUGCUGAGAAUUUGGUGCUAUGAUUUGCUGCAAACAAUCGCACGCAGCCUCCCUCCCUAUCUGCCCGAGAGAAGUGACGGGAGGGCUUGGAGAAGCGGACCAGCCCAUCUCAUUCAAGACCCAACGCACAUAUACUGAGCGUGGAGAAUUGUAGGUUGCAUUAGAGCCCCCCCCCCCCCCCUCCCCUCUUCUUUUUCAAGUUUUGAAGAUCCCAGAGACCUUUUGUUACUAACUUAACUCCUGCCUUUUCUUUUAAGAACGUGUUUAAACUGGCACGUUGUGUCAUCCCAUGAUAUUUGGCACUAAACGCAGUAGAUAUUGACAGAAGUAUUUCCGUCUGGAGUUGCCGAUGGAUGGUCCGAGUCCCUUUUAGUAAGCGCUGUGUGUGGAGACUAAUGUCAGUCGUGCUCUUGUCGUUCAUCUGUGCCUUCAUUUUGUCGGUGUGCGCGAAAUAAACGGGGACGCGUGAAAGCUGUUCAAAAACAUUCAGAGGAUCUCGUUCAAAGCGUGGGGACUGUUUCACUGCUUCUCCUCAUCCUGCACCUGCUGGUUUUUCUACUUCAGGUUUGUUCAUCUAGCAUGGGUGAGAUAUGACCUUGUUACCAGCCACAACUUUAGCCGUCAUCCAAAACAUAUUGACAUACUUGCAUUCGUUGAGGUAAAAAAAAAAAAAAAAAA